GUCUCAAGAUACAUUUUCAAUGGUUCUACAGCAUUGGGCUGCUUCUUGGAUGCCUCCAAAGCAUUUGAUCUGGUUGAUGAUGGUAAACUAUUUUCAAAGUUACAACAUAUGGGGCUUGCCUCCUCCAAUUCUUCGAUUCUUGGGAAAUUGGUAUAGCUUACAGGAGAUGAGAGUUUGUUUCCGAACCUUUUAGUGUUUCAAAUGGUGUCAGACAGGGUGGAGUCCUCUCACCUGUUUUAUUUGCAGUUUAUUUGAAUGGUUUGUUGGAAGAGUUAUCAGACUCUGGUGUUGGUUGUUAUUGGGGUCACAUGUUUGCAGGAGCACUCUGCUAUGCAGAUGAUAUUGUUAUCCUGGCUCCAUGUGCGUCUGCUCUUAGACUGGUGUUGGAUAUUUGCAGUUUAUAUGCUCACGAUCAUGGUUUGUUGUUCAAUGCUAGUACAACUCAGCUUUGUUUUCAUUCUUGCAAAAACCGUCGCUUUCUACCAUUGAAUAAUACUGGCUCCCAUAUAAGAAUGAAGUCAUACAUCUUGGACAUGUGCUGUCCUUUGACCUAAACGAUGGACCUGAUGUAACCCGUGCACUCAAAG